AUGGCUCCAUAUCAGUCACUCAUUGAGUAUUGUUGGCCAAAGUACGAAAAGGUGGCAAAAGAUAUUGGAAACCCAUUUCACUUUCCCACCACCCAAUACACUACUCCAUUUGAUCUCAGUAGUGGUCUUGGUGGAGCUGGGUUUUUCCCUUUGGAUUGUCAAUUUGAACUUCCAUUACAAGAGGACAACAUUCUUCUUGAUGCUGUUCCUUUAAUGGAGUGCUUACCUACAGAUCCUUUAUAUACAGCAUUGGAUUUCAAAUCAAUGGGUCCAAAUAUAAUUCAAGAUGAUAUUUUCUAUGAUGACCAUCAUGGAAAUUCUCUUGGUGUUUAUCAAGAUGUAUUUGUUGGGUUAGAGAGUUAUAAUCAUCAACAACAACAACAACAACAACAACAACCACAACAACAACAACAGCCAUUGUUGCUGUGUGAUAGGGAUGGACAGAACAACGAAAACGUUUUGGGAGAAGAAAGGAGGAUAAUAAAGAGGUGCAGAUCAUCAGAAGAGAAAAGCAGCAGUGCUUCAAAAGCCUUGUCUAGGGAAAUCAUAUCUCAGUAUUUUUACAUGCCUAUCACUCAAGCAGCAAAGGAACUAAAUGUGGGUUUGACUCUCUUAAAGAAAAGAUGCAGAGAAUUGGGCAUACGUAGGUGGCCCCACAGGAAGUUGAUGAGCCUCCAAACACUAAUCAAGAAUGUUCAAGAACUGGGAAAAGAGGAAGGUGAGGAAAAUGAAUCAAAGCUUAAAGAUGCAAUAGAGUUAUUGGAGAGAGAGAAGAGGUUAAUGGAGGAAUUGCCAGAUAUGCAACUUGAGGACAAUACAAAGAGGCUAAGACAAGCUUGUUUCAAAGCAAAUUAUAAGAAAAGGAGGCUCAUGGGUAUGAUGGAAAAUUCAAAAGCUCCAUCUUUGAUCUGUAGUAAUCCUGCAAAUUCCACUACUUAUGGGAAUGGAGAUAAUGAUGAUGACCAGGAGGAACUGAGAUCCCUUCUGUCUGACUCAUUCUCCUCUACUGAUAUGGCGUUUGAUUUCAACUAGAAAACCUUGCCUAGCUAUAACUAUAGUCCUAUUGCUUGCCUUUUUUUCUUUCCCCGCCUUUGUUUUGAUUUUUUGGUACUUUUGUUCAGUAGAACAUUAUCUGUUUGUUAGCUUACACAGAAUGUGAAUAGAGGAACACAUAGGGGAAGUGAGAGUGGGGGUGUUGAUGAGAAAUUAAUGUAGGCUCUUUGAAUAGCAUAAA